UUACAGCUUCCAAAACCAGAAGUUGAAAAAUUCAGACGAGAGAGAAUAAACACCUGCCUCGAAAAUCUGAGGGUGAUGCUUCUUCAUCACCCGGAACAUCAGGGCUUGGCAGGCAGGAGAGUCGAGAAAGCUGAAAUCCUGGAGCACACGGUCACAUUUCUGAAGUGCCAAGACGGUACCAAAAGGAGGGACGGCGACGUGGAACAAGAGUUCCAGGACGGCUACUCCGCUUGUCUGAGGAAGGCUGCAGACUUCUUGAGAAACUGCAGCAGCCAGACCGCUGUCCUGAGCUCAAGUGUUCAGAUGCAGAGGAGAACUGCACCUGCUGUCAAUCUAGCCUUUCAUUUGCAGAAGCUGACAUUCACAGUAAAGCACACCACACACAGCUCAUCUGGAUACGAGACACCAACAACAACAACGGCUGGAGGUUUGACUCAGAGGGGGCAGCCAGGACUGAGGGCUGCUCCCCAGAGGCAGAUUGUCCCUUUCGUGCAGGAUGGAGGCGUACACAGACACAGCAGCAUGGAGCUUCACUCACAGACUUGGUCUUCAGGUCAAGAUGGUGGUAUGCACACAAACAGGAGCCCAGAGGUCCACACAAAGACUAUCUCCAUCCUGCCUAAGCCACAGCUCUCUCUCACCACAGCACACCCUGCUAUCCCUGCAUCCCUGUCAGUCAUCAGCAUCAGCAACAGCAGCUGCAGCACUCGGGCAGUAUGGAGACCAUGGCCCUGAGGACAGGACAAGGACACGUGGGAGGAGGAGCCCCACACAAAUUGCACAGGAAAAGGUUUAGACAGUUUUUUUUUAAAUCCUGGAACAAUAUUUACUUCAUUCAGAAACCUUACAAAAAUGUAUAGACCAGAGGUGGAUAUCCUACGUAUAAAUCCUGAGACAAUAUUUGUUUCUUCCAAGACCCCAACAGAAUGUAAAGACUAAAGGGGGCCACCGAAGGUUUUGAGAGUACAUUUCUUCACAGCACUCUGUUUCAUCCACUGUACAAAAUGUACCGACUGCACAUUCACAAAGUAAAAGUGUUUCAUCAAAAUCUCAUACUGCUCUCUGUGUCCAACAGAUAUAUGGUAAUUUGCUCAUGACUGAAAACAUAUGAAAGUGGCUGGCCAAUUAUGAACACACAUUUAAUACCUUUACUCUUGACUAGCAGGUAGAUUGUCUAACUACCUUGUGGUUGGAAAAGGUUUAUAUCUUACACUGUUAAUGUGAUCCCUGCCUGAUGUAUAGCCCAUGUGAGGAGGCACAUGCUUUCCUCCUCAGCAAAUGUGUAUUAUGUCAA